AAGGAAAUAUAAGUACCUAAAGUAUUCAAGAAUAUCCAUUAUAGAUAGUUGUGCGUUGUUGAUUCCAAGGAGGAACUAUGCUCGCUAAUAAGUAAUCGCAAACGUAAACAAAUAUUUGAAACCAGCAAAUUCACAUUACAUGACCUCGAGCUCUUUAGCCAUACUUGUGUUUUAGGUCUAUGCUAGUUCAACAUUUUUAAUAGCUCUGUCAGUGUGCCAGAUCUGUGUAAAGGAUAUGCAACAAGCGACUCAUCCGUUUUCGCACUCGUCAGUAUGCAAGUUGUGGAACUGAUACGCUUAUUUUUAGAGUGGAGGCACUAAGAGUAAGUGAAGUACAACGCUGACUGGAAUAUACUUAUGCGACAAUUCUGGACUUUCACCACUCGGAUCUUUUUUUCUUAAAGAUUUUGUAGAUAAAAAGGUGGGUCCUUGAUAUCGAUGGAGCCUGCGACAGCGUCCGUUGAACUGAACGGUGACAGGCUAUUUCUGAAAACUCAGGGUCCAAUCAAAGUCCUUCGUCUAAAAGUAAAACCAGAAUUCCGCUUAUACAAAGGAUUUUGCCUUCUGACAUUUGAAGAAAGCCAAGCCUUAACACCAAGUGGUCCUCGACCUCGAUCCCUUAACCUAAAAUGUCCAUUCGAGGGAAUUGUAUCGAGGGUUCUCGUUUCUGCGGGGGCCGUCAUCGAAAAUGGGUCAGUGUUAUUGGAACUGAAACGAUGUGCCCAUCCGAUCGUUAUGAAAGACCUAUGUGCAGAAUGCGGUGCAGAUCUCCGAGAGUUGGAAGCUGGCGAGGCAGGGGAUGCGUCCGUUUCGAUGAUUCACGCUAUUCCAGAGCUUCGAAUUAACGAACAGCUUUCACAGUCAAUUGGAAAGGCUGAUGAACAACGCCUUUUAGGCCUGCGAAAACUUGUUCUUUUGGUAGACUUGGACCAAACGCUCGUUCAUACGACAAGCGAAAUGAUCCAUCCAAAGUUAAAGGGAGUUGAACAUUUCACUUUACCGGGAAAUCGACAGCUGUGGUAUCACACGCGUAUACGGCCCGGUACGGAGCGCUUCCUUGAAAAGAUCUCUCGCCUCUUUGAAUUGCACAUUGUGACCUUUGGGGCGCGUCCUUACGCGCAUCACAUCGCGUCGCUUCUCGACAAACAAAAAAAAUACUUUCAAUUUCGAAUAUUGUCCCGCGACGAGUGCUUUCAUCCGGCAAGUAAGACAGCCAAUUUGCGUUCUUUGUUCCCCUGUGGCGAUCAACUUGUUGCAAUCAUCGACGAUCGGGAAGACGUCUGGAAUUUUGCUGCGAACUUGGUGACCGUCAAACCUUACGUGUUUUUUCGAGGGGCUGGCGAUAUAAAUGCCCCGAUCGGUGGAUUAGCUGAGUUCCAUUCCCUUCCACCAUCGGAUGGCGGCAGUUGUAGCGCCUUCCUUAGCCCCCGAAAUCCCGUCGUUAUUCAUUCUGAUCGCGAUGUGGUUGCCUGCUUGCGCGACCUUAUAGAACAUUCAUGCGCGCAGGUGGACGGGUUUGUAGAAUAUGAUGAUGCUGAUGACUACUUAUUGUACCUUGAAGAUAUCUUAACCACAAUCCAUCGCGCCUUUUUCGAGCUCUACGAGCAAAUGCAAAGCCAGCCGGGCAGCAGCGAUAGUAACACUGCGAGCAGUCAAGUGGGAAACGGAAGCUCGGGAGCCGCAGGUCGGCCAUCACGCAUCCCCGACCUGAAGACGGUGAUUCCAUACGUUCGACAGAAAGUUCUUAAGGAUGUUGUGCUGGUGUUUACUGGAUGCCUGCCGACAAACCAACGACCUGAAGUGGCAAAAAUAUAUCAAGUUGCCGUUGCUCUCGGUGCUCGUGUACACAAAGACCUCAGCAAAGAAGUUACCCACCUUGUGGCAGCCAGACCUGGAACAGCUAAGCUUGUACACGCACGCAAAUUACGAAAUAUUAAGGUUGUCGCAACGCAGUGGUUGUGGUGUUGUGCUGAGCGCUGGGAACAUGUAUCUGAAAAAUUAUUUCCUCUGAAAGAUGCAGCGCCAGAAGAGCCACUGAGCGGCCGACGCCGGAAUCGACUCGGACGACCUUUGGGACCUAUUCUUAGUCCCGAAGAGAGACAACAGGUUGAGCAAGAGGCGCGAGAAAUGUCCGAGCUGGACCGGCUCGCUGGUGAGCAACAGGCAGUGCUGCCUGAGUCAUUCGUACCGUCUUUGGCUAUUGGAUUAGAGGGACUUGCCGAGAUGGGUAAAGAGGUCGACGACGAGCUCGAUGAUGAUGAUGAUGAUGAUGACGAAAAUGUAGACGAUGCAGAUAGCAACAAGCAGGAUGAGGAUUCACGGCUCGUUACUCCACCGGCAAAGCGACGAAGGCAACAACAGGACGAAAAUGACGAAGAAGAAGAAGAUGCUCUUUAUGGCGAAGAUAAUUCCGCACCACGUGGUUGGGCCGGCAAAGACGAUGAUGGAGGUAUCGAAGAAGACUUCGGCGGCAGGCGAACACUCGACUGGCCCGAUCACGAAAACGGAGUCGACUUUGGUGAUGAGGAAUGGGACUCGGACGGCGAAAGUGUUGGAGAGGUUGACGAAGAGAUGGCUGCCGCCGUAGAAAGGGAACUUUUUUCCUAGUUACAUGCAAACGCACUACUCCAUCUAGCUACACAGUAAAAUAUAGUAGGCAAGUGCACCAGGAAUUGCAAUUAUUGCUGUCAUUUCGUUAUCCCUCUUCCUUAUCAACCACACUGUAAAAUACCCAUUGUUAGAAUCUAGCGACGCAUUAUUCAGCAUUGAGGCUUUUGAUGACCUAUGCUCGAGUGGUUAAGCCCUAAACCCUUUAAUUUAUAUACAUAUGUGCAGCAAAGGAAGCGAAUAGUCUAAUUGUAAAGCGUAAGUUACCACAAAUUAAAGACCUGUAUAUAUUCAAUUUUUACACGUAUUUACAUAAAUACGAAAUAGGACAUUGUUCUAUCUUUUUGGGGAAAUUCACACUAUUAAUGGAAAAACGUGCUAGAAUAGCCGUAGGUUAUUGAGCAAUAAAAGUAUUUACUCGUUAGAUACCUGUUUAACAUGUGCUUUAACUGUUGCUAAUCUCAACACAUUUUUUUGUACACGAUUAAGCUCAACUUGUAAGCUAAGCGUAGCCAUUUUAAAGCCUCAUUGGCAAGUAAUUUAACUAUUUACUAACCUAAUAAGCUUAUGUCGAAAGCAAGUGGCAAGUAAUAAGCAUGAAGUAUAACACGAAGUAAUUCGGUUCUAUUUUUCCACCAUUCAUCUGGAGGGCAGAUUGUGAGCGCUCUUUAGAGAAACCGAUGCGCCUUAAGGUAAAUGAACUAUUUUUUGUAGCCGAACAAUGCAUGCUAGUGUAUUUAUGUAAAAAUGUUGAAUUUGCCCCACUUCGUUGUUGCUUUCAAUAUAAGGUCAAACUUCCUACUCCAAACAAGCAGGUACACACAGAAGAUUAUUUCUAUUUGGUAAAGGUAUGGAAUAGUAUACAAAUACUUCAGGAUUCAACCAGAGGUCGAUAGACUGGCCAAUAGGGAUAGAAUUUGUCGAUGUAGACAUUGAGAUUACUCCUUAGUGCACAAUCCUUGUGUUUUUAUAGUUGUUUUUGUUCACAAAGCUAUGCAGUAAUGCAAUAGAACAUUGUAGUAAAUGAUAACUUCAACCGUUGGUCUAUAUACAGAGCGGUCAAUGCCUUCAGAGAACACCAGAAGAGAUGCGUCCAGCGAACUGCCAUCAGUUACAUAACGCUUUUAUAGAACAUAUCAGUGAUCCACCAUACGGAUAAGAGCAUACUGAAAAGGCUAUCCAAAAGUGCUAAUUCUAGAUAACCAUGCCGCACGUCAUGUAUCUCUUUAACGGAGAAAAAACGAAACUUAGCAGAAUGCGUUUUAAUUUAGACAUGUACUUAGUGCUGCGCGCUAACAAUCUUAAAGGACUCGACGCCCGGAUACUUGAGCAAAUCACUUGAUGAACAGUUUCUUUAUAACGAAGCUCUUCUUAUCAAUAAAUAAACCUUAAAUACAAAACUGAUGUUCAGCAUGUUGAAUGAUGAAUAAUACAACCAAUUUUAUUCAUUGAAUGAAGCAAAUCAAGUGUUCAUGUUCAAAAUGAUAUAUCUUAAUCUUAUACGCAUGCUGACGCGCAACUUUAUUAAUAACAAAAUAUCGAUAUUUUGAGAUCUAUGUCCAAUGUUUAUAACGUAGGACUGCAUUUUUUCUACAAUUUAAGUUAAAAACUCGAUAGAAUUUUCUUCGCAUCAGUUAUUUAGAGUAUGCUUUUCUAAACCGAGGCGAUCACGCAUUACUUAGCGCGAAGAUAUUGACGAUAAAUGCAACAUAAUUGAAAACAGCUUUCUUCGACUUUAUUAUACACUCAACACUACAAUAUCAUUGUGUUGUGAUUAGGUUUAUGAACAGAUCUGGUAUUGCUUAUUCCAAAAGCGUGAGAAACUCCGCAGUAUACCACACACACGCCCAGAUAUCAAGUGGUUCAGACUCGGGCUGUAAUUAAUAAAUUCAACAUAAUAUAUUUCGCACUGCAGUAGGUUCAAUCUUAAAAUGUUCGUCUCGAAAGCAUUUCAGGUUCACGCUCACUACCUAAGCCCUUGUUACUAUUUUCGCCCCCUCUGAUGAAGCUCAAGAAAGGCGCCAAUUAAGCAAA